AUGCGUCCAUCAGUUUUGCUGGCACAGCUGGCACUAUGCGCCUCAUCCGCCAAUGCCUUUUUUCCCUAUGACCCAGAUUGGCGUCGAGAUGUAGAGCAGAAACGUGUCACAAGGAGCCAUAGGAGCAUUCGAGGUCAGGAAGGUCGAAGUGUGCGAAUGGGGAUCAAACAGAGGGCCGCUCAGAACAAACAGCCCAUAUCCGAAAGAGCUGCCCGUGAGGCAGCACGACUGGUGGCCAAGUACAGCGGCCAAGACAUUCCGAGCGACAGCGAACUGGCCAAGCGAGCCAACGAGUACGAUGUCAUGGAGGCUGUUGAAACCAAGGGAAAGUUUACCGAGGGAGUCAACCAGGAUGGAACCGACUACUCUUACUUUAUCGAGGUCGACAUCGGAUCCAAGAAGAAGCCAAUUUACAUGCUCAUCGACACGGGUGCUGGUUCGAGUUGGGUUAUGGGCGCCGACUGUACGAGCAAGGCAUGCGCGAUGCACAACACGUUUGGCCCUGACGAUUCGGAUUCUCUGGAGUUGAUCAACAAGCCCUUCAACAUUGCGUACGGCUCUGGCAAGGUCAGCGGUGUGCUCGCAAAGGACAACAUUCACGUGGCGGGCAUGGAUCUCGAGUAUCAGUUUGGAUUGGCGACCAACACCUCCGAUCAGUUUGUUCAGUUCGCAUUCGACGGCAUCUUGGGUCUUGCCAUGAACAAGGGCGCAAACGAGAACUUUCUGUCCACCCUGGAAGCAUCUGGCAACAUUGACAAGAACAUCUUCUGCAUCGCCCUGAACCGCGCGUCUGAUGGUACCAACGAGGGCGAGAUCAGCUUUGGCUCUCCUAACCCUGACAAGUACAGCGGCAAGAUCACAUACACCUCUCUUCCUGACGGCAAGGACAACGACUGGGCCAUCAAGAUGGACGAUAUGGGCUACAACGGCAAGAAUGCCAACAUUGGUGGAAUCCGCACCUUUAUCGACACAGGAACUUCUUUCAUGUUUGGUUCGUCUGAAAACGUCAAGAAGCUCCACGCCCUCAUCCCCGGAGCUGAGAGCAGCGACGACACGACAUACAAGGUUCCCUGUGACAGCAAAGGCAACUUGACCGUGUCCUUUUCUGGCGUCGACUAUGUCAUCUCACCAAAGGAUUGGGUCUCGCCCCCCAACAAGAACGGCGAGUGCACCAGCAACAUUUACGGUUACGAGGUUGUUCAGGGAGCUUGGCUGCUUGGAGAUACUUUCAUCAAGAACGUCUACGCCGUCUUUGACGCCGACGAGCGACGAAUUGGAUUCGCCAGCAGCGUCAUCACAGGUGGCUCUGACAAGGAAAGCUCCAAGACCAAGACCUCAACUUCUUCGGCCAAGGCAACCAAGACUGCUGACGACUCGGAGGAAACUGGCGUCAGCGCCCUCCCCGACUCGACAGCAACCUCAGGGCCAGACGUCGGCCUCGGCAAGGAAUCCAUCACCACUGGUACUUCCACCUCGGACGCGAGCCAGUCCAGCGAGACCAAGGACUCGUCCGCACCCACAGGGCUGCUCUCACAAGCCCGCUUCACAUUCAUUUUCUGUAUAGUACCAUUUUUCGCCCUCCUGGUCUAA